GGCCCCCGAUCGCGGCGCCUGCUGGAGGCGGGCGGGCCCCGUCGUGCGCGCAGGUGAAGCGCGCGGGCGGCCCCGGCCUCGGCCUCGCCAUGGUGGACCCGGUGGGCUUCGCCGAGGCGUGGAAGGCGCAGUUCCCGGACUCGGAACCGCCGCGCAUGGAGCUGCGCUCGGUGGGCGACAUCGAGCAGGAGCUGGAGCGCUGCAAGGCCUCCAUCCGCCGCCUGGAGCAGGAGGUGAACCAGGAGCGCUUCCGCAUGAUCUACCUGCAGACGCUGCUGGCCAAGGAGAAGAAGAGCUACGACCGCCAGCGCUGGGGCUUCAGGCGCGCCGCCGCCGGGCAGACCCCCGACGGCAGCGGCAGCAACAGCAGCAGCAACAGCAACAACGCCGAACCCCGCCGCCCGCCUCCAACGCCCUCGCCCGCAGACCCCACCGCCGCCGUCUCCAACGCCAACGAGGAGCCUGAAGCUCGGCCCGAUGGCGACGGCUCCCCGGGCAAAAGCAGGCCCCUGCCGGCCCGCCGUCCACCCGGGGCCUCCGCGCCCUCCGCGCCCGCCGCCGACGAUCGGGGUGCCCCCACCAGCGUGGCGGCUCUCAGGUCCAACUUCGAGAGGAUCCGCAAGGGCCCCGGGCAGCCCGAGGGCGACAAACCCUUCUACGUGAACGUCGAGUUCCACCACGAACGCGGCCUGGUGAAGGUCAACGACAAAGAGGUGUCGGACCGCAUCAGCUCCCUGGGCAGCCAGGCCAUGCAGAUGGAGCGCAAGAAGGCCCAGCAGCAAGGCGCCUCCGGGCCCAGCCACCCCGUGGACGCGCCCCCGCGGCCUGCCUACCGGACGGGCCGGACGUCGGAGAGCAGCUGCGGUGGCCUCGACGGCGACUACGAGGACGCCGAGUUGAACCCCCGCUUCCUCAAGGACAACCUGAUCAGUGCUGCCAACGGUGGUGGUGGCGGCAGCAGCAGGGCCCCCUGGCCGCCCCUGGAGUACCACCCCUAUCAGAGCAUCUACGUGGGGGGCAUGAUGGUGGAAGGGGAGGGCAAGGGCCCCGCUCUCCUGCGCAGCCAGAGCACCUCGGAGCAUGAGCGACGCCUCACCUGGCCCCGUAGGUCUUACUCUCCCCGGAGCUUUGAGGACAGCGGAGGGGGGUACACCCCGGACUGCAGCUCCAAUGAGAACCUCACGUCCAGCGAGGAGGACUUCUCCUCGGGCCAGUCCAGCCGCGUGUCCCCCAGCCCCACUACCUACCGCAUGUUUCGGGACAAGAGCCGCUCGCCCUCGCAGAACUCUCAGCAGUCCUUCGACAGCAGCAGCCCCCCCACACCCCAGUGCCAGAAGCGGCACCGUCAAGGCCAGGUCGUGGUGUCCGAGGCCACCAUCGUGGGGGUGCGCAAGACAGGGCAGAUCUGGCCCAGCGAUGGGGACAGCACCUUCCAUGGAGAUGCAGAUGUGCCAUUCGGAACGCCACCUGGAUACGGCUGUGCCGCUGACCGGGCCGAGGAGCAGCGCAGGCACCAGGAUGGGCUGCCCUAUAUCGAUGACUCACCCUCUUCCUCACCGCACCUCAGCAGCAAGGGAAGGGGCAGCCGGGACACUCUGGCCUCAGGAGCCCUGGAGUCCAUGAAAGGGAGUGAACUGGACUUGGAAAAGGGCUUGGAAAUGAGGAAGUGGGUUCUGUCUGGUAUCCUGGCUAGUGAGGAGACCUACCUGAGCCAUCUAGAGGCGCUGCUGCUGCCCAUGAAGCCUUUGAAGGCCGCCGCCACCACCUCUCAGCCAGUACUAACCAGCCAGCAGAUCGAGACCAUCUUCUUCAAAGUGCCUGAGCUCUAUGAGAUCCACAAGGAGUUCUACGAUGGGCUCUUCCCCCGGGUGCAGCAGUGGAGCCACCAGCAACGUGUGGGGGACCUCUUCCAGAAGCUGGCCAGCCAGCUGGGUGUGUACCGGGCCUUUGUAGACAACUAUGGAGUUGCCAUGGAGACAGCUGAGAAGUGCUGUCAGGCCAACGCUCAGUUUGCAGAAAUCUCUGAGAACCUGAGAGCAAGAAGCAACAAAGAUGCCAAGGACCAAACAACCAAGAACUCUUUGGAAGCCCUGCUCUACAAGCCCGUGGACCGGGUGACUCGCAGUACACUGGUUCUACACGACUUGCUGAAGCACACUCCCUCCAGCCACCCCGACCACCCUCUGCUGCAGGAUGCCCUCCGGAUCUCACAGAACUUCCUAUCCAGCAUCAAUGAGGAGAUCACCCCCCGUCGGCAGUCCAUGACAGUGAAGAAGGGAGAGCACCGGCAGCUGCUCAAGGACAGCUUCAUGGUGGAGCUGGUGGAAGGGGCCCGCAAGCUGCGCCAUGUCUUCCUGUUCACGGACCUGCUGUUGUGCACCAAACUCAAGAAGCAGAGUGGAGGCAAAACCCAGCAGUACGACUGUAAGUGGUAUGUCCCGCUCACGGAUCUCAGCUUCCAGACACUGGACGAGUCGGAGGUGACCCCCAAUAUCCCCCUGGUUCUCGAUGAGGAAAUCGAUGCCAUGAAGAUCAAGAUCUCCCAGAUCAAGAACGAUAUCCAGAGAGAGAAGAAAGCGAACAAGGGCAGCAAGGCCAUUGAGAGGCUGAAGAAGAAGCUUUCGGAGCAGGAGUCACUGCUCCUGCUCAUGUCCCCCAGCAUGGCCUUCCGGGUGCACAGUCGCAACAGCAAGAGUUACACAUUCCUGAUCUCAUCUGACUAUGAGCGUGCUGAAUGGAGGGAAAACAUCCGGGAGCAGCAGAAGAAGUGUUUCAAAAGCUUCUCUCUGACGUCCGUGGAGCUGCAGAUGCUGACCAACUCAUGUGUAAAACUUCAGACUGUUCACAGCAUCCCACUGACCAUCAAUAAAGAAGAUGAUGAAUCUCCUGGUCUCUGUGGCUUCCUGAAUGUCAUUGUUCACUCUGCUACUGGCUUUAAACAAAGUUCAAAUCUGUACUGUACCCUAGAGGUGGACUCCUUUGGGUAUUUUGUGAAUAAAGCCAAAACGCGGGUCUACAGGGACACAACGGAACCAAACUGGAAUGAGGAGUUUGAGAUUGAAUUGGAAGGCUCCCAGAUGCUGAGGAUACUGUGCUAUGAAAAGUGUUACAACAAACUGAAGAUCCCCAAGGAGGAUGGAGAGAACACAGACAGGAUCAUGGGAAAGGGUCAGAUCCAGCUGGACCCCCAAACACUGCAGGACAGAGACUGGCAGAGGACCGUCAUCACCAUGAACGGGAUUGAAGUGAAACUCUCUGUCAAGUUCACCAGCAGGGAGUUCAGCUUGAAAAGAAUGCCUUCCCGAAAGCAGACUGGGGUCUUUGGAGUCAAAAUUGCCGUAGUCACCAAGAGGGAGCGGUCCAAGGUGCCCUACAUUGUGCGGCAGUGUGUGGAGGAGAUUGAGCGCCGGGGCAUGGAGGAAGUGGGCAUCUACCGAGUGUCCGGAGUAGCUACGGAUAUCCAGGCUCUGAAGGCGGCCUUUGAUGUCAAUAAUAAGGACGUGUCCGUGAUCAUGAGUGAGAUGGACGUGAACGCCAUUGCUGGGACACUAAAGCUGUACUUCCGAGAACUGCCUGAGCCCCUCUUUACUGACGAGUUCUACCCCAGCUUCACGGAGGGUAUCGCUCUUUCAGAUCCUGUGGCAAAGGAGAGCUGCAUGCUGAACUUGCUGCUUUCACUCCCUGAGGCCAACCUGCUGACUUUCCUCUUCCUGCUGGACCAUCUGAAAAGGGUGGCAGAGAAGGAAACAGUGAACAAGAUGUCCCUGUACAACCUCGCCACAGUGUUUGGCCCCACGCUGCUCCGGCCUUCAGAGAAGGAGAGCAAAAUCCCCGCUAACCCCAGCCAGCCCAUCUCCAUGACCGAUAGCUGGUCCCUAGAGGUCAUGUCCCAGGUUCAGGUGCUGCUGUACUUCCUGCAGCUGGAGGCGAUCCCUGCUCCAGACAGCAAGAGACAGAGCAUUCUGUUCUCCACAGAAGUGUAAAGGCCCAACUCCAUCUCCAAGAGGGUGACAGAGAAGGAACCAAACUUCUGGAGGAGGAAUUUGGACACUCCCAAGGGCCUGACCAUCUGCCAAGAGCAAAAUGACAGCUGCCUGAGGAAAAUGGUCGUGUGGCCUGGGCAGUUCCAGGAUCCCCCAGUGGAGCCCCAUUGGCCUCUGACUGGUUUUAGGAGCUGCCACUACAGGGCGCUCCCAGCCAGCAGCACACUUUGUAGUGCUGCCCUGCUGGAGGCCGGGCUGGGGACCAGGCGAAGAGAGUGGCUUUUAUGAACUUAACUUAUCUGAGUUUAAAAUAUUUCUACUGGAUCACUUGUCAAGAUGCGCCCUUUCUAGGGAGCAGGGAACAUAAGCAGGUCCCCUCACUCUGUGUCUUGAAUAAACACUGCUGCUGCUUCA